UACUGCAAUGAACAAGUUUGCUCAUCUAAUAUCACAAAAAUCAAGAGGGACGGAAAGCAAGAAGGGUGAGAGAGAUGGCGGUGAGCGCAACGGUGAUCGGAGCACUGCUGGGGCUGGGCACUCAGAUGUACUCCAACGCCCUCCGCAAGCUGCCUUAUAUGCGGCAUCCAUGGGAGCACGUUUUGGGCAUGGGUCUCGGCGCAGUUUUCGUGAAUCAGCUCGUCAAAUGGGACGCUCAGCUCCAACAGGACCUCGACAAAAUGCUCGAAAAGGCCAAGGCAGCCAACGAGCGCCGCUACUUCGAUGAAGAUGAUGAUUAAUGUUUUUCCUUAUCAUUAGAUAAACCUGCACCAAGCAAUGGUCACAAAAUUGGUUCGGAUUGUUCGUUGCAAAACCUUUAAACUUAACAUCUUUUGUUUCUUUUGUUGGGCAUCCAUGCCUUUUCG